CACGGGCCCCGUCGCAUCUCUCGCCACAGAUAUGUCUGGAAUGUGGCACCUAGUCUCCCUUCUUAAACUCCCCCGAUUCUGGAUUACGGCCAGUCCACCCACCUGCAUCUCCCUUCCUACCCAAGAUAACCAUGGUCCUCACGAUCUUCAACUCUCUUGCCUUCCUGCUCGCUUGCACACUCUACUCCGCUUUUCGCUAUCGCUCCAGACGACGCUCCCUCCCUCUGCCCCCCGGCCCACCGAAGAAGCCGCUCAUUGGUAACCUGCUGGACCUGCCCACUGAUCAGCAGUGGCUGACCUUCUCAAAAUGGAGCAAGGAAUACGAUUCUGACAUCAUACAUUUAUCGGCCCUGGGGACGUCGUUUGUCGUCCUGUCAUCAGCCGAGGCGGUGAAGGAACUGUUUGAGAAGCGCUCGGCCGUCUAUUCUAGUCGGGUCCAAGCACCGAUGAUGAACGAGCUCAUGGGCUGGGGUGGCUUCGUCGGAUUCUUGCCUUACGGAGCAAGAUGGCGGAGCCACCGCAAAGCUUUCAUGCAGGCAUUCAAUCCCGAAGCGGUGAAGCAGUUCCAUUCCCAGCAGCGCACGGGUGUGCACAAUCUGCUACGCCGGAUCCUCGCGCAGCCCAGCGGCGACGUUAUCGAGCAGUUUCGGCUAUUCGCCGCAGAAAUCAUCAUGGAUGUCACAUACGGCAUCAAGGUUCGCACUUCCGACGAUCCGUACGUGUCCAUCGCCGCGGAAGCAAUGCAUGGGCUGGCGGUUGCCAGUGUUGCCGGAGCGUUUCUCGUCGACAUUAUCCCACCGCUCAAGUAUAUCCCGAGGUGGGUCCCCGGCGCCGGCUUCAAACGCCAGGCGCAGAGGUGGUGCAAAGCCACCAUGGCUGCCGUGGAAACGCCCUUCAAUGAGACGAAGCGCAUGAUGUCCGCGGGCACGGCCUCCGCGUCCUACUCUUCGCUUCACCUGCGCACGCUCGAGGAUCCGUCUUCUAGUCUGUCGCCAAACGCCAAGAUCGCGCACGAGGAAGUCGUCAAGUACACCGCGGCCGCGAUGUACGUCGGCGGCGCGGACACGAUCGUCUCGGCGCUCGGCACGUUCGUCGUCGCGAUGCUGUUGUAUCCGGACGUCCAACGCGCUGCGCAGCAAGAGAUUGACGGCGUCUGGGGACACGGGAAUUUGCCGGACUUUGGCGAAGACGCCGAGGAGCGCAUGCCGUACCUUGCGGCCUUGAUCAAGGAGGUCCUCAGGUGGCGCAAUGUCACAGCCGUGGCGAUUCCCCAUCAGAGUGAGACAGAGGACGAAUACAGGGGAUAUCGGAUCCCCAAGGGCUCCGUGGUCAUAGGAAACACCUGGGCGAUUUUACACGACGAGGAAGUGUACCCAGACCCAGACGCGUUCAAACCCGAGCGGUUCUUACUCAACGGCAAGCUCAACAAGGACGUCCGCGACCCCGAGGCGUUCAUCUAUGGCUACGGGAGAAGGAUCUGCCCGGGCCGAUACAUGGCGUCGUCGUCGCUCUGGCUCACGAUCGGAUCCCUGCUGUCCAUGUUCGACUUCGUCAGGAUCGAAGAAACGCAGGAAGCAGAGCCGCAGUACGGCUGGUUCUGGGGCCUCGUCUCAACCCCGCUGCCGUUCAAGUGCACGAUGCGGCCCCGCUCCGAUAAGACCGUCGCUGCGAUGCGCGCCACAGAGAUUUAACGGUGUGCGUGAGAAACAGUACUGUAAGAAGAGAACCCUAUGUCUGUAUGUAAUACCUGGCAGCGCGGAUCGUUGCAACGAAGCGCAUGAUAAUGAAACCCAUCAUCCAUCUGACAGCUA